AAUUACAAAAAUUGCUCUUUUUUUAACAACCAAUUAAUUAAUUACUGUAAUUGAGUCCAAUAGGCCGCGCGGCUACAAAAAUUAGUCUGCAAAAAAACGCCUGGAAUAUUCUACAUUAUGAAAUAGAAGGGAAUCAUUUAUAUUUAUUGAAUUUUAAGGUUUAGAGUUUUAGUUCAUAUACUAUCUAUAAAAAAAACUUAAAUUAGAAGUGGUUCAGAAUGAAUAAUUUCAAAAUGGAAAAACAUUUAAGUCUGAAUGGUUCCACACUAUUAAAUUCAAUAACAUUAAGGCCGCAGAUAGUUUGUCAUCAAUGUUAUUAAAACCUCUCAUAUAUUUCUGUUUCUUUGUUAAAUCUAUUCAUGGAUUAGUCAUCCCAAAUAUUCAAACUAUCUUUAGUUUUGAUAAACUGAUUCUAAAGACUAUCUCAGAGGAUGAUCAGCUUCAAGGGAUUGAAAGUCAUAUGGCUCCUAUUCUCUAUGGUAAGAAUAUUAUUCCAAACAACUAUAUUAUAGUGUAUAAGGAAGGAUUGACAAUAGAACAGAGAAUGAUUCAUCAAAUGUGGAUACAGCAGAAAUAUGCCUUCAUGGUUAGUCUGGAUGAUACAAAUUCGAAGUUAGAUUUCUUCAAUUUUGGUAACGAUGACGAGAAUAGAGACAUAUUUUCAGGAUACUUUGGAUACUUUCCUGAUUCACUCUUACAAUUGAUUCAAUUAGACCCAGCUAUACAAUAUAUUGAAUCCGAUUCGGAGGUCCAUCUCAAUGAUUAUAGAGUCCAAGAAGGUGCUUCAUAUGGACUUUCGGCAAUUAGUCACAGAAACCAUGAUCAUAAACCUGAAUACCUUUACGAUGAUCAAGGAGGCAAAGGUGUAGUUGCAUAUCUUAUUGAUAGUGGAAUAAUGGUUGAACAUGAAGACUUUGACGGACGGGCAAGAUGGGGAAAAGCCAUAUGCCCUCCGUAUUUAGAGAUAGAUAUUUUUGGACAUGGAACCCAUUGUGCUGGUAUUAUAGGUUCUAAGACCUUUGGUAUCGCAAAGCAAGUUGAGUUGGUGGCGGUGAAUGUAGGUUAUCUUCCCGGAACUGUGUUCACAUCUAAUGUUAUUAAAGGGUUCGAAUUUGCGGCAUUGGAUCACCGACAAACUAUUGAAAAUAAGAAGAAAGGAUUCAAGGGUUCUACCGUCAAUGUUUCUAUUGGUGGAGGUGAUUCAAAGGCCAUGGAUUCAGCUGCAAAUGCCCUUACGAAAGCAGGAUUACAUGUAUCUGUUGCGGCUGGGAACAGUGGGAAAGAUGCGUCAAAAUAUUCCCCCGCUAGAGCUUCUGGUCCUAUUACUGUUGGAGCUGUUGAUCUAAAUAAUACUAUGGCUGAGUUUUCAAAUUAUGGCUCCAGUGUUGAUAUAUUCGCUCCAGGAGUUCAGGUAGAAUCAACUUAUAUAAUAGGAUUUUCUGCUAAUAUGACAGGUACUUCAAUGGCAGCUCCACAUGUUACUGGUCUUUUGUCAUACUUUUUAUCACUUCAACCUGAUUCAAAUUCAGAAUAUGCUAAAGAGCUAUUGUUACCAAAAGAAUUAAAGAAUAGAGUAAUUAAGUACGCCACAAAAGGCGUUCUCAAUGGAUUGAUCUCAGAUUCACCAAAUUUAUUGGCGUUCAAUGGAGCUGGAGGCAACCUUGAUGAAUUUUGGAAAUAGGAAACUUACCGUACAACCGUAGAAAUUAAAGUUUAUUCUGUAAUUUAUAGCCAUAUUUUUAAUAAAAUUUGGGGUAGGUUUGCAGCGCAAUUUACUGACUCAAAAGUCUAAAUUAUUUAGUCAGCUUUCUUUCAUAUGUUAAAGCUUUGUAGUUUGGGAAACUAAAACAUUUAAUAAAACAUUUAAUAAAACAUUUAAUAGAACUUGAUAGCCACAUGGCCCUCAAGGAAUAACUAGAAAGGUUAUUUUCAUGACUUGAU